AAUUCACCACUCUAUAUAGAGCCGCCGUGGUGAGUGUGGCUCGGUCUUUCUUUUUCUCGCAACGUCUCAUUGCAGGCGUGUGGUACUUUUUUAAGUUGGUCAGGAAAAAUCAAUAAACAUCCAAAAUGGUCAACUUCACCGUCGAUGAAAUCCGUGAGCUUAUGGACAAGAAACGGAACAUCCGUAACAUGUCCGUUAUUGCUCACGUCGAUCAUGGUAAAUCCACCUUGACCGAUUCCUUGGUUUCCAAAGCUGGUAUUAUUGCUGGUGCCAAGGCUGGUGAAACUCGUUUCACCGAUACCCGUAAGGAUGAACAGGAACGUUGCAUCACCAUUAAGUCAACUGCCAUCUCUAUGUACUUCGAAGUUGAAGAUAAGGAUUUGGUGUUCAUCACCCAUCCCGAUUUGUGUGAAAAGGGCAGCAAGGGUUUCUUGAUCAAUUUGAUCGAUUCACCCGGUCACGUUGAUUUCUCCUCUGAAGUCACUGCCGCUCUUCGUGUAACUGACGGUGCCUUGGUCGUCGUCGAUUGUGUCUCUGGUGUGUGUGUCCAAACUGAAACUGUGUUGCGUCAAGCUAUCGCUGAACGUAUCAAGCCCAUUUUGUUCAUGAACAAGAUGGACCGUGCUUUGUUGGAAUUGCAAUUGGAUGCCGAAGAAUUGUACCAAACUUUCCAACGUAUUGUUGAAAACGUGAACGUCAUUAUUGCCACCUACAAUGACGAUGGCGGCCCAAUGGGUGAAGUACGUGUUGAUCCCUCCAAGGGUUCCGUCGGUUUCGGUUCUGGCUUGCACGGUUGGGCCUUUACCCUCAAACAAUUCUCCGAAAUGUACGCCGAGAAAUUCAAGAUCGAUGUCGUCAAGCUAAUGAACAGACUCUGGGGUGAGAACUUCUUCAACGCCAAGACCAAGAAAUGGCAAAAACAAAAGGAAGCUGACAACAAGCGUUCCUUCUGCAUGUACAUCCUGGAUCCCAUCUACAAGGUGUUCGAUGCUAUCAUGAACUACAAAAAGGAAGAAAUCCCAACCUUGUUGGAAAAGAUCGGUGUUACCUUGAAGCACGAAGAUAAGGACAAGGAUGGCAAAGCCUUGUUGAAGGUCGUUAUGCGUACCUGGUUGCCUGCUGGUGAAGCUUUGCUUCAGAUGAUUGCCAUCCACUUGCCCUCUCCCGUCGUUGCUCAAAAAUACCGUAUGGAGAUGUUGUACGAAGGUCCUCAUGAUGAUGAAGCCGCCAUCGCUGUCAAGAACUGUGACCCCGAAGGUCCUUUGAUGAUGUACAUCUCCAAGAUGGUACCCACCUCCGACAAGGGUCGUUUCUAUGCCUUCGGUCGUGUAUUCGCCGGUAAAGUUGCCACUGGCCAGAAGUGCCGCAUCAUGGGCCCCAACUACGUUCCCGGCAAGAAGGAAGAUUUGUACGAAAAGGCCAUCCAACGUACUAUUCUUAUGAUGGGUCGUUACGUCGAAGCCAUCGAAGAUGUUCCCUCCGGUAACAUUUGCGGUUUGGUCGGUGUUGAUCAAUUCUUGGUUAAGACCGGUACCAUCACCACCUUCAAGGAUGCUCACAACAUGAAGGUUAUGAAGUUCUCUGUCUCACCCGUCGUGCGUGUUGCUGUUGAACCCAAGAACCCUGCCGAUUUGCCCAAAUUGGUUGAAGGUCUUAAGCGUUUGGCCAAGUCCGAUCCUAUGGUACAAUGUAUCAUUGAAGAAUCCGGCGAACACAUCAUUGCCGGUGCCGGUGAAUUGCAUUUGGAAAUUUGCUUGAAGGAUUUGGAAGAAGAUCACGCUUGCAUUCCUUUGAAGAAAUCCGACCCCGUUGUAUCCUACCGUGAAACUGUCUUCGAAGAAUCCAACCAAAUGUGCCUCUCCAAGUCACCCAACAAGCACAACCGUUUGGUCAUGAAGGCUUUGCCCAUGCCUGAUGGUUUGCCCGAAGACAUCGAUAACGGUGAAGUCAGCUCCAAGGACGAUUUCAAGAUCCGUGCCCGUUAUUUGGCUGAGAAAUACGAUUACGAUGUAACUGAAGCCCGUAAGAUCUGGUGUUUCGGUCCCGACGGUACUGGUCCCAACUUCAUCUUGGAUUGUACCAAGUCCGUUCAAUACUUGAACGAAAUCAAGGAUUCCGUCGUUGCUGGUUUCCAAUGGGCCACCAAGGAAGGUAUCAUGGCUGAUGAAAACAUGCGUGGUGUUCGUUUCAACAUUUAUGAUGUCACCCUUCACGCUGACGCCAUCCAUCGUGGUGGUGGCCAAAUCAUUCCAACCACUCGUCGUUGCUUGUACGCCUCGGCCAUUACCGCUUCCCCACGUCUUAUGGAACCCGUCUACUUGUGUGAAAUCCAAUGUCCCGAAGUCGCUGUCGGUGGUAUCUAUGGUGUAUUGAACAGACGUCGUGGUCAUGUCUUUGAAGAAUCCCAAGUUGUCGGCACACCUAUGUUCGUCGUCAAGGCCUACUUGCCUGUCAACGAAUCCUUCGGUUUCACCGCUGAUUUGCGCUCCAACACCGGUGGUCAAGCUUUCCCACAAUGUGUAUUCGAUCACUGGCAAGUGUUGCCCGGUGACCCAUCCGAACUCAACACCAAACCCUACCACAUUGUCCAAGACAUCCGUAAACGUAAGGGUCUUAAGGAAGGUCUCCCCGAUCUCGCCCAAUACCUCGACAAAUUGUAAAAAGUUUAACGUGCACCACACCACCAAUUCCCCAACAA